AUGUCCAAACAAGUUCCUCGUGAAGUCAAAUGCUGGUCUGAAAAGAGAAACAAAACUAACAACCUACGUCAGCAGAACUCCGGUUGUCCAACUCAGGGCUUCCCUGGUUUUGGUACGGUUCUUCACCUUUUCUUUCUUUCUUUCUUUCUUUCUUUCUUUCUUUCUUUCUUUCUUUCUUUCUUUCUAUUGUUUUUGCAUUUUUCACUUUGUUUUCUUUUUUAUUUUACUCUUCUUUUCCCAUUUGUUGUUUUCCUCUGUUUCUUCUUAUCUCUCAUCUCUUUUCUUUCUCUUCCUUUUCUUUUUUCCUUUCUCUAUUUUUCCUUUCUGUUUUCUUCUUUCUCUUUUCAUUUCUUCUUUCCUUUCUUUUUUCUUAUAAUUCUUUCUUUUUCUUUCUCUUUUCCAUUCUUGUAUCAUUUUUUUCUAUUCCUUUUCUCUUUUGCUUUUUUCUUCUAUCUUUUGUCCCUCCUCAUUUCUUUUCUUUUCACCCUUUUCUCUACUCUUUCUUUUCUUGCCCACUUUUUCUCUUAUUUUUCUUCUCCUGACGUUUACUACUUCUUUUUCUCUUUUUUCUUCUUCCCGCUUUCUUUUCUUCUUUCACCUUACUUUUUUCUUCUUCUUUUCUUUUCUCUUUUUCUUUUCUCCUUUUCUUUCUUUCUUCAUUCAUUCUUUUUUUCUAUUUGUUUGGCUUCUUUUUUCAAAGGGUCUCUUCAAUUUGCAGACGAUCAAAAACGAGUGUGUAUAACUUCUCACUUGUUCUUUUUAAAUACCUCCUCCCGCUUUCACUCACUUGUUUUCACUUCUAAAUGUCUUCUCUCUCUCUCUCUCUCUCUCUCUCACUCUCUCACUCUCCCUCCAUCUCACACAACUAUAUGCACAUGCAGAAAAUAG